UGAAUUUUAUUUUCUGCGUUACGAAAUUGGUAUUCGCUGAAAUUUUAAAAUUUUAUGGAGUCACUUAAUUGGACUUGGUUGAGGGUUACAUGGGGGCAAAAAAUUUAAGUGACUCCAUAAAAUUUUCAAUUUUAUUAAAUACCAAUUUCAUAACGCAGAAUAUAACACUCACCCCGUUGACUGGUCCCUCUGACAGCGGGACUGCUAUUGAGGAAGUUACCGAAUCGACUGACAGGCAGACACCCCCAAUGCCUGUGGCGCCCUCCCUCUCUUGGGGUGCAGUACUACCUUGCCGCUACGGUCACUCCAACCCCCAGAACUGAGCUUCUACUUUAGUCAAUCCUCUUUGGUCGUAAUUGUGAAAUAUCGUAUCAGCCGGUGUGAUAAAUACCGGACGGUUUUUUUUUCUCCUUGGUGGGGACGAAAUAAUCAGCCACCUGAUAAGCCACUUUGCUGGAUCAUCAUCAUUGCAGCCAACCCAGUUGUCUCCUGAGAUUAUUUUCAGAGAGAACAAAGUCCGUAUUGAUCCUGAAAAAAUGGAUAAGGUACCAAUAGUCCCCGCAGAUGAUGCGGCAAAAUCGAGACUAAAAAAAUUGGCGUGGCAUUUCGAAUGCCAUCACAAAGCGAAACCGGAAUUUUUCAUUCGGGUUCCAGGCCGAGUGAAUUUAAUCGGUGAACAUAUCGACUACUCCGGAUAUGCGGUGUGUCCAAUGGCCAUUGAACAAAAUAUUCUCGUAGCAAUUGGACAGAGUAAAGAUGACAGAAUAUCGAUAACGAAUAUCGAUCCCAAGUACGAAGAAAUUGAUAUGGAUUUGUCGAUAUCAUCUUUCCGUGAAGUUUUGAUGAGACAUGAAAUAAAGUGGUACAAAUACUUCGUAUGUGGUCUCACUGAGGGUUUUGAACUAGCUAAAUCAGGACUCGAGCUCAUUCGUGGCUUGAACACAUCAAUUUGGGGAACAAUUCCACCUGCAGCUGGUCUCUCAAGUUCCAGUGCCCUCGUUUGCUCCGGUGUUCUUGCCAUUACCCACGCUAACAAGUUGCACUUGGCAAAAGAUAUUCUGGCAACGCAAAGUGCAAAAGCUGAGAGACUAAUUGGAACAGAGGGCGGUGGAAUGGAUCACGCGAUAGCAUUUCUCGCCCAGCAAGGCACCGCAAAGCUGAUAGAGUUCAACCCACUACGUGCGACAGACGUCACACUACCGCGGGAUGCUGUCUUUGUUAUAGCUGAUAGCAUGAAGCGACACAACAAAGCUGCAUUCAACAACUACAAUACAAGAGUCGUCGAGUGUAAGUUGGCGGCUAAAAUAAUAGCUAAAAAAUAUGGCAUUUGCUGGAGGGACAUUGAGAUACUGAUUGACGUGCAACGAGUGCUGGGAAAGACAUUGAAGGAGAUGGCAGACAUUGCCGCUCAGGAAUUAUCUGAUUGUGACGUACAAGAGAUAUGUCAGAUACUCCAAGUAUCGGUGAUGGAGCUGUCAGCUAUCGUUAAAAUUGACAACGAUGAUACGCGAAAAUUUCAUCUUCGCAAACGGGCUCAACAUGUAUUUGAGGAGGCUGCCAGAGUUAUCGAAUUCCGGGAUGUUUGUUGUCAAGAGAGUACCAACCAGAUUCAGAGAUUAGGGGAAUUGAUGAUUGCGAGUCACAGGAGUCUACGGUAUCUAUUUGAUUGCAGUAUCGAUGAGGUGAAUCAGCUCGUUGAUAUGGCUAUUGACAGUGGGGCAGCUGGUGCCAGAUUGACAGGAGCUGGGUGGGGCGGAUGUGUCAUUGCCUUGACAACUAAAGACAAAGCUGAUGAAUUCGUAAAAGACUUGGGUGACAAAAUGAGAGAGGCAUAUCACCUCAGUGAUGAGACUGAUAUGGAUACAUUGAUCUUCAAGACUGAACCAGGCCAGGGGGCCGCAGUGUACAGUAAAUUCCCAUUAUAGUCGCCUGCCAGGGGCUGUAGGGGAAGCGAACUCGAAAAAUCCGACUCCAUUCAACUCCCCCCACCACGAGUUCCCUGCGACUAUUAAUUCUUUAUUAAAUCCAUAAUUAAAUUGAUGCAAUUCUUAAUUAAAAAAUUGAAUGUUUUCAUCUCAAAUUUCAAUACGAGAGAAUAUUUAUUUAUAGGUUUGAUUUUUCAUCCUAGAGCCCGGGGGUAGUAGAACGGAUACACAAAAAAAAUAAA